ACCUCGAUCCGUGAACCACGUGAACAUCAUCGAAAUACGUUCUCCGUUUCGUGAUCCAGUGUCUUCUACCAUUUUCAGUGAAUGUGAUCCAUAACUACGUUAUAUCGAACUCGUCGAGCCACGGAUUCGUCCAUCUUCGAUAUUUGCAGAUUUUAUUCGAUGGAUCGUUUUAGUUUUUUGCAACUGAUCUCCCAAGGAUUGCACUUUGAAUCGUCAGAUCCAUGAAGAGAUAAAAGGCAAAUAUUUUCGAUCGAGCACAUAGAGAACACUUAGACCGGCACACAAACACGGAAACAUCCCGGAAAAAGAAGGAAGACUUGUUCUGUUAUCAGAGUUAAUACUCCGAGUUAUCUUACAUACCGUAAUCGAUAUCAAGAAAAUAAUCAGGGCCUGUAAAUUGAUAGAGCUCAGAACUUUAAAGCAACUUCACCGGAUAACCUUCGAAUUCCGGAUCGAAUGCAAAUUUUAGCGAAAGAUCAUCGAAGUGCGUAUUCAUUGAGUUGUAAAGAAUAUUUCUUAAACUAAAGUGUUAACGAAGGAAGAUAAAGAAGGUGAUUCGAAGAUAUAAGAUGUCAUUGAUGCAGCGAAUAGUAAGAAAUUUCUACUCGUCCGCCAUUUUCGAUACGUGAUGCGCUGAGUGCAAACUCGCAAGGACGCAAUAAAUUGAACUUCUGGGAAUAUUCUGAAGAUAGAAGUACGGAAAUCUAGUUGUAACGUUUAACAGAAGAUAUAAACGUGUUAUGACAAUUGCUGGUGGACGUAUAAAUAGAUUUCGAGGAAAGAUGUCUGGAAAUUCUAAGCUUUGGUUGAUGUUGUGCGCUCUUCUGUGUGACCUGGCGAUUUGCGGGGCGGGAAUGGAUAAAACACCGAAGAUACACUCGAUUCCUUUGCAAAAUCAUACGGCAAUACCAGAAGCGUACAAAAACUUGACAGUAGUAGGAAAAUGCUGCGCAGAAGGGGAAGUUUUUGCGAAUCUUUCAGAACGGAGUUGCAGAACCGUGAACUCGUCGACAGAUCCAAUAUUUUCGCCUCGUUUUAGCAGAUUUAACAGAACUGGAUUGUUGGCUCCUGGUAAAAGACAAAGCACGUUCGUUGCAAUUGUUGGGAAUCCUUGCAAAGAUAAAAUGUAUGUUUUAGAACCUAAUGAGAGCAGUAUCGAUGCGAAUUAUUUAUUGAUAAAUGGAUCCGUGUUUGCGCCUCGAUUAGACCAGAUGAUGUUGCAGCCUGGAAUAGAUUAUUGCAUGGAUGUCAUUCCUGAAUUAGGACUGAGGACUGUCGUGUGCUUUUCUGAAUAUCGAAUAAUAGUGUCAGCAGACUCACGAAUCACAAUCUACGCCUGCGGUCUUCUAGUAUCCGUGCCAUUUCUGAUUCUCACCAUACUAGCAUACUCCAUUACUCCAAAAUUAAAGGACGUUUUUGGGAAAGCAUUGAGCCGCUACUGUGGCUGUUUAGCAUUGGCUUUUAUCAUCUUAGCAGUCACGCAAUUAGGAAACUUGCAUCUAUCGAGCGAAACUUGCAAUAGUAUAGGAUUCGUCAUCCAGUUCUCCUUCGUCGCGUGCUUCUUUUGGCUAAAUGCGAUGUGCAUCGAAAUGUGGUCCUUGGUGCGCAGCCACGUGGACAGGGACACAUACAGAAGAAUGAAGCCAAAAACGUUGUUCUUCUGGUACUCCUUAUGGUGUUGGGGUCCCUCGGUGAUACUUAUCCUCGUCUCGAUGAGUAUGGAUCUCAGCCCAACGAUACCGGCGACUUAUGUGAAAUCGAACUUCGGCAAGGAGAGCUGUCAGUUCAAAUCGAACGACAAAUCAAUGCCAUACUUUUACCUGCCGGUCGGGCUGCUGCUUCUAGGAAACGUGAUACUCUUCGUGCUGACAUUUAUCAAACUGACAAAGUAUCAGAAGGAUCUCGAUUUGAGACGACUCGCGAGGAAUCAAGAAUCCGAUCGAUUAGAUCGAAGAUUCCUCCGGCGUUUCAUGAGAACGACUUUCGUGUGUUUGAUAAUCUUCUUUCUGAUGGGACUGAACUGGACGAUGGAGUUGAUAUCCUGGUUCGUUCACGGGAAUUCCAUAGACUGGUCCACCUUCGAUCUCGUGAAUUCUCUGCAAGGUGUCCUUGUGUUCGGUUUGUUCGUUCUACGAAGGCCGCCGAGGGAUUUCGUUUGGCAGCGAGUGCAACAACUGCGAGGCAUGGACGUCGCUGAACAGGAAAGCAGAAGCUUGGAACUUUAUUUACUUCCUGUGAUGAACGGCGAUUCUACGCCCAGACAAACGAUCAUUCCGUGAAACUAGUUUUUGUAUUUGUGAAGAGUGAAUUAUCUGCUUUGGGAUGCUUACGAGUUU